GUCAUUCGUAAAUUUGGUCUUACUGUUUGACAAAAAUCAAUCAGCUGAUUGCGUCUGUGGACUUGCGCUGUGUGUGUCAUACCGCUUGACCGUGCUUAGGUCAGACUAACAAAUAACCUCAAAGCGAUACCGCAGAAGCGACACGGCAUCAUCGACAUUUUUGUUAUUAUUUACUAUUAAAAAUUAUUAACACAUAGAAAUGAGUCGAAACUACAAGGAAGAUCAGAGCAAUGAAGUGGAAGCGCUCGAUUCCAUAUAUUGCGGUGAAAUGGAAAUACUUCAGACGGAACCAUUGCACAAAUUCCAAAUUCCCAUUGCUACGGAGGAAUUCUAUGCGGAAACAAACGAGGAUAGCGAACAGGGUUUGGCAUGUAAACUGGUCUUUACGUAUACGGAGAAAUAUCCAGAUGAAGCUCCGCUAGUAGAAAUUGAGGAAGCGGAAAAUUUUGAAGAUAAUUUUGAGAGCCAACUGCUCGAACAUUUGCGUCAGACAAUUGAGGAAAAUAUUGGCAUGGAGAUGAUCUUCUCGCUGGUAAGUAGUGCACAGGAGUGGCUCAACGUUCAAUGGGAUGAGCACAAAAAGCAUCAGGAAGAUGAGCGGGCACGAAAGGUUCUCGAAGCGGAAGAAGCUGAACGCAAGAAGUUUGAAGGCACCCGAGUGACUGUAGAAACGUUCAUGAAAUGGAAGCUGGACUUUGAAGAGAGCACAGGAAUUGCAGCGAAACGCGAGAAGAAUAAUGAUUCUAAAAAGUUGACGGGUCGCGAGCUCUUCAUGUGCGAUAACACAUUGAAUGAUUCCGAUAUUAAGUUUCUGUUGGAGGCUGGUGAUAGCAUUGAAAAUGUUAAGAUUGAUGAAACCUUGUUCCAAGAUAUUGGAGAACUGGAUUUGGAUGAUGACGACGAUGACGAUGAGGAUUGGGUGCCUGGUGCCGACGAUGAUGAUGAUUAA